AUGGUGACGAUCGACCACUUCUCCAUUGGCUGCGCAGUCUCAGCUCAAAUAUCAGAGAUGGCAAACACCUCACCAAUGGCCUCGCCUUUCGGGCUACUCAAAGCUUCCGUCCUAUGCAAAGCAUGUGGCACGUCUCCUUCAUAUGAUCCUCCAAUCAGCGAAUGGGUGUACCUUGGAGCCGACCAGCCAGCGCACGUGGAGGGCGAGCCAGAAGUCCGCGAGAAGUGGAGCGAUUGGCGCCAACGGAGGAGUCCGGGUGGUUUGCGGAUGGCGGUUCCUGGCAUGCACGUGGAGAAAAAUACGGAGUUGCGCUUUGCUAGACAACCGAUCAAACGCAUGAGUUCGGAGAGUCAGUUGACGCGUGGAAUCAAGAUGGGAUUGCGUGCGGGAAAUGAGGUGACGUUGGCGGAUAAAUAUGGAUUACAGGGCUUGACAUGUGAGGACCUGCCAUCGGCCUUUGACUCAGAAUCGGAUGAGGAAGACUGA